AUGACCGUCACCCAAGAAACCUCCCCUAAGCGGGAAUCUCUUCACAUUAUCGAUGACCGUACUGGAGCUUAUUACUCAAUCCCCAUUGUGAAUAAUGCCAUCAAUGCUAGCGAUUUCAAAAAGGUCACCGCGCCAGAAGACAAAGUUUAUCCUGCCAAUCAAACGGAGAAUGGCCUGCGAGUUUACGACCCAGGCUACUCUAACACCGCCGUUAGUCACAGCAAGAUCACAUAUAUUGAUGGGCUCAAGGGCACCAUCCAGUACCGCGGGUACUCCAUCAAUGAUAUUGUCGGGCGCAAGACGUUUAUCGAUACCGCGCAUCUCCUGAUCUGGGGUCACUGGCCGACAGCCGCCGAAGCGGAAACCCUUCAGCAACGCCUCGACCAGGUUCCUGUCCCUGAGAACUUUGUCUUCAAUGUGGUCAAGUCCUUUCCACGAGAUGGUUCCCUUAUGGGGAUGGUCAUCGCCGGUCUAUCCGCCCUCCAGUCCAGUGAUAUGGAUGCGAUCCCGGCUCAUGUGGGAAAGACGAUCUAUCUGAACAAUCCUGAGCUGGCUGAUCAACAAAUCAUUCGGGUCAUGGCAAACAUGUCUAUGUUGACAGCGGCGGCAUACUGCCAUCACAUUGGGCGUGACUUCACUCCACCCCGCCAGGGGCUAUCGUAUAUCGAGAACUUCCUGCUUAUGACCGGUCAUGUGGAGGCAGCUACUGGCCUGCCAAAUCCGCGAUAUGUGAAUGCCAUUGAGCGACUUUGGGUACUGAUUGCCGAUCAUGAAAUGACCUGCUCCACCGCGGCCCUUCUUCAAACCGCAUCCGCCCUCCCGGAUGUCAUCUCCUGCAUGGUCUCUGCCAUCUCAGCAUUGUACGGUCCUCUCCAUGGCGGAGCCAUUGAAGUGGCUUACAAGAACAUUGAGAGCAUCGGCUCCAUCGCCAAUGUACCUGCCAAGAUUGCCCGAGUCAAGGCAGGAAAGGAACGUCUGUACGGUUACGGCCACCGAGUCUAUCGUGUGACAGAUCCCCGGUUUGUCUUCAUUCGUGAAAUCCUCAAUGAGCUGUCUGAGGAGGUCGACAAGGACCCCUUGUUGAAAGUUGCAUUCGAGGUCGACCGUGUUGCCUCCGAAGAUGAGUACUUCACGUCCAGGAAUCUCCGGCCCAACGCGGAUUUGUUCGCCGCUUUUGUCUACAAAGCUCUCGGUUUCCCACCCGAAUUCAUCCUGCCUCUGUCGAUUCUCUCCCGCACACAAGGGUUUAUGGCCCACUGGAGGGAGGCCAUGGGCAAUCCCCCUCGAAUCUGGAGACCGGGUCAGAUCUAUACUGGUGACUUGAACAAGUCCAUGGAUGAGUGAUUCUGCGAAGUUUCUCUAGAGCCUAUUUAGUGAUUUCCUUGUG